GACGCAUCCGACAGUGACACGCACGUCGCGCCCUCUGCCCCAAACAGGUCUGUGCCCGUUAAGCCCGCCCCAAAGAAAACCAAGUGGGAAGGCGAGGAUGAAGAUGAUAAUGAUGUAGCCUCUGACUGGGAAGAGUCAGAAGAGGAAGAGGAGAAACCUAAAUCUGCUGCCGCUCCACCUCCUCCAGCGAAGAAGAAAGGGACGAUCAAGCAGAAGAUUGCAGAGAAAGAGGCACUAAAAGCCGCUCGAAAGGUUGAGAGCGGUGAUGAAGUGUAUGACGAAGACGAUGUACUCGAUCCGCGGGAGAAGGCACGGCGAGACAGAGAAUUAGAACUAAAGGCGGACUUGAGUAAUGCAGCGGAUUUAUUCGGAGCUACUGCGCUUGGUGGGACAUCCGACAAGGAACUUGACAAGCUCAUCUCAUUCGAACCACGUACGAAGGAAGAUUUCCAAGAUCUCUCACACCGCAUCGUAGAGUACAUUAUCAAACGACAUCAGAACAAGCCGUUAUAUGCUGCGUUCGUUGAGCACCAUGUUCGGGAACUUGCUCAGCCACUUAAGGACGUCGAGGUGCGAAAGGCUGCAAGUACUCUAACGGCAUUAGCAAACGAAAAGCAGAAGGAGCAGCGUGAAAAAGCAACUGGGAAAAAGAAAACGAAGGCGGCGGCAAAGCCUACUCUCGGUUCGGCGAAAGCUGCCACGAAGUUUGAUACAAAUGCUUACGAAGAAGUGUUGGAUGACUUUGGGAACGAUCCGAAUGACUUCAUGUAA